AUGUCCGACUCACCACCACUAACUCCUGCCUGUUCGCACACAGUAAGCGUCCAACUCCCCGACCUCCUCUCUUCAUGCGCGCCCUUUGAAUUACGUGUCAAUCGGCAUUGUAGGUCCGUAUCUCGAGCGAGCGAGGCGUGGUUGCGCGAGGUAGGGUUGAAGCUGGAGUGGAAAGGAAUGAAAGUUGGGUUGUGGGCUGCUUUGUGCUAUCCUGGUGCGGAUUUGACUCAGCUGAGGUUGGCAGUGGAUUUUUUGAGUUUGUUGGUUUUUGAGCAGGAGCAGGGGUGGGAGCGGGAUGGUGGUGGUGAUGAGAAUAAAAAUGAAAAUGAGAACGGGAUGAUUGAUCUAAUAUCCGACCGACUCAGUCGCGUCGCGUACAAAAGCCCAGCGUGGUACAUGCGUUUUCAUCGAUCUAUGCGUGCGUAUCACGAUGCAAGGCGGCGUCUUCAUUCCCUGAAUUCGACGUGUAUCCCGGAUUUGGAGACAUAUGUCGACCUACGAAGAAACGCGUCAGGUUUGAGGAUGGUGUUUCACCUGAUCGAGUACGCAGGGGGAUUGGACCUCCCAGAACGGGCGUCUUCGCAUCCGGUGUUGAAGCAGUUGACAGACCAGGCUUGUGAUCUUAUAGCUUGGUCCGAGGUACGUGCUUGCGUGAAACAAUAUGACGCUAUCUCAUGUGCAAAAGGCAUGACCCCAAGCUCAAAACUCAACAUCGUUACCGUCCUAAUGAAAGAUCGGAAUUGUUCGUUCGGGAGUGCGCUUGCGUAUGUAGGCACGCUCGUGAAGCAGAGCGCAGAUGCAUUCUUGGUUACUGAGCGCCAGUUCGCUGCGUGUGCUGUGAUGAAUGACGACGCCAGGCGGUAUGUAAAGGGGUUACGGGAUUGUAUUGCUGGGAGUGUGAAUUGGCUGUAUGAGACGGAGAGGUAUUUGGGGACGAAGGGGAAUGAGGUUAGGGCGUUUGGAUGGGUGUUUGUGCCUGUCUUGGAUUAA